AUGAGCAGCUCGCGGAACAACCGGGUGAUGGUGGAAGGAGUCGGGGCCCGGGUGGUCCGCGGCCCGGACUGGAAGUGGGGGAAGCAGGAUGGCGGCGAGGGCCAUGUGGGCACCGUGCGCAGCUUCGAGAGCCCCGAGGAGGUGGUGGUGGUGUGGGACAACGGCACCGCCGCCAACUACCGCUGCUCCGGGGCCUACGACCUCCGCAUCCUCGACAGCGCGCCCACCGGUAUCAAGCAUGAUGGGACUAUGUGUGAUACUUGUCGACAGCAGCCUAUCAUUGGCAUCCGAUGGAAAUGUGCUGAAUGCACAAAUUAUGACUUGUGCACAGUUUGCUAUCACGGGGACAAGCAUCACUUGAGGCAUCGUUUUUACAGAAUUACCACACCAGGAAGUGAAAGGGUAUUGUUGGAGUCUCGACGUAAAUCAAAGAAAAUUACAGCAAGAGGAAUCUUUGCAGGUGCCAGGGUGGUGCGAGGAGUUGACUGGCAAUGGGAAGAUCAAGAUGGUGGCAAUGGGCGUAGAGGAAAGGUAACUGAAAUCCAAGAUUGGAGUGCGUCGAGUCCACAUAGUGCAGCAUAUGUUCUUUGGGACAAUGGUGCUAAAAACCUUUACAGAGUUGGCUUUGAGGGCAUGUCUGACCUGAAAUGUGUUCAAGAUGCAAAAGGAGGCUCUUUCUACAGAGACCAUUGUCCUGUGUUAGGUGAGCAAAAUGGUAACAGAAACCCUGGUGGGCUGCAAAUAGGUGACCUUGUAAACAUUGACCUCGACUUGGAAAUUGUGCAGUCUUUGCAGCAUGGUCACGGAGGAUGGACUGAUGGCAUGUUUGAAACUUUAACAACAACCGGAACGGUUUGUGGCAUCGAUGAGGACCAUGACAUUGUAGUACAAUAUCCGAGUGGCAACAGGUGGACAUUUAAUCCAGCUGUUCUCACCAAGGCCAACGUUGUCCGAAGUGGAGAUGCUGCACAAGGUGCAGAAGGAGGUACCUCUCAAUUCCAAGUGGGUGACCUUGUUCAAGUAUGUUACGACCUGGAGCGAAUCAAGCUUCUCCAGAGAGGCCACGGAGAGUGGGCUGAGGCAAUGCUUCCAACUUUAGGUAAAGUUGGUCGGGUUCAGCAGAUCUAUUCAGACAGUGACUUAAAGGUAGAGGUUUGUGGGACAUCUUGGACCUAUAAUCCAGCAGCUGUCUCGAAGGUGGCAUCAGCAGGAUCUGCUAUAAGCAAUGCAUCUGGUGAGAGAUUGUCCCAGCUAUUGAAAAAAUUAUUUGAAACCCAAGAAUCUGGAGAUCUCAAUGAAGAAUUAGUAAAAGCUGCUGCCAAUGGAGACGUUGCUAAAGUGGAAGACUUGCUAAAGAGGCCAGACGUAGAUGUGAACGGGCAAUGUGCUGGACACACAGCUAUGCAAGCUGCCAGCCAGAAUGGCCAUGUUGACAUUUUGAAGUUGCUUCUGAAACAGAACGUGGAUGUAGAAGCAGAGGACAAGGAUGGAGACAGGGCUGUCCAUCAUGCAGCCUUCGGUGACGAGGGUGCUGUGAUUGAGGUUUUGCACCGAGGCAGUGCAGAUUUGAACGCUCGCAACAAGCGCAGGCAGACUCCCCUCCAUAUUGCUGUCAACAAAGGUCAUCUGCAAGUUGUCAAGACUUUAUUGGACUUUGGCUGCCACCCCAGUCUCCAGGAUUCUGAAGGAGACACUCCACUUCAUGAUGCAAUAAGUAAAAAGCGUGAUGAUAUCCUUGCUGUACUCUUAGAAGCUGGAGCAGAUGUUACUAUCACCAACAACAAUGGGUUUAAUGCACUUCAUCAUGCUGCACUAAGAGGAAACCCUAGUGCAAUGCGUGUGUUGUUGUCCAAGUUACCACGACCGUGGAUAGUUGAUGAGAAAAAAGAUGAUGGUUACACUGCCCUACAUCUGGCAGCUCUCAAUAAUCAUGUGGAAGUGGCUGAACUUCUGGUGCAUCAGGGCAAUGCUAACCUGGAUAUCCAGAAUGUUAACCAGCAAACUGCUCUUCAUCUUGCUGUUGAACGACAGCAUACACAAAUUGUUAGGCUCUUAGUCCGUGCAGGUGCUAAAUUGGAUAUUCAGGAUAAAGAUGGGGAUACUCCCCUGCAUGAAGCCCUGAGACACCACACCCUAUCACAGCUCCGCCAACUCCAAGACAUGCAAGAUGUGGGCAAGGUAGAUACUGCUUGGGAGCCAUCAAAGAACACAUUAAUAAUGGGACUUAGCACUCAAGGAGCAGAGAAGAAGAGUGCUGCAUCUAUUGCCUGCUUCCUGGCAGCCAACGGGGCUGACCUUGGCAUUCGUAACAAGAAGGGUCAGUCCCCUCUCGAUCUCUGCCCUGAUCCAAGUCUCUGCAAAGCACUGGCUAAAUGUCACAAAGAAAAAGUCAGUGGGCAGGUUGGUUCCCGAAGCCCGUCUAUGAUCAACAAUGAUUCUGAAACCUUAGAAGAAUGUAUGGUGUGUUCAGACAUGAAGAGAGAUACUCUGUUUGGUCCAUGUGGUCACAUUGCCACGUGUUCUUUGUGCUCACCACGGGUGAAAAAAUGCCUCAUCUGCAAAGAGCAAGUUCAGUCUAGGACAAAGAUUGAAGAAUGUGUAGUAUGUUCAGAUAAAAAGGCAGCAGUGCUCUUCCAGCCUUGUGGUCAUAUGUGUGCCUGUGAGAAUUGUGCAAGCUUGAUGAAGAAAUGUGUGCAGUGUCGGGCAGUGGUUGAGCGAAGAGUGCCUUUCAUUAUGUGCUGCGGAGGGAAAGGUACAGAAGAUACCAGUGAUGAUAUUUCAAGUGGAAACAUUCCAGUUUUGCAGAAGGACAAAGACAACACUAAUGUCAAUGCAGAUGUACAGAAGCUUCAGCAACAGUUGCAAGACAUCAAGGAACAGACCAUGUGUCCUGUGUGUCUGGACCGCCUGAAGAACAUGAUCUUUCUGUGUGGCCAUGGAACGUGCCAGCUUUGUGGAGACCGGAUGAGCGAGUGCCCCAUAUGCCGCAAGGCAAUUGAACGGAGGAUCCUUCUGUACUGA